GGCGCACCUGUCCAGCGAGAUGCGCACGCACCACCUCGUCAUGCAGGAGGUGGACGCCGUGCGCGCCGAGCUGCUGGCGCUGCGCCACAUGUACAAGUCUCAGCAGUACAUCCGCUCGGGCCACCAGCGGCACUCGGACCCAUUUUCGUUCAGCAACCCCGACCGCGUGAAGCGGCUCACCAAGUUCUUCGGAGACGAGCCACCGCUCAUGAGGCUGUUCCUCAAGAAGCUGGGGUAUGAGAAAUACGCGGCACUACUGGAAAAAGAAAAAGUUGGAGCGGCAGAGCUCCCGUACGUCGGCGAAGACAAACUCCGCGCUCUUGGGGUACCACUGGGACCCAGGAUGAGGAUACUGAAGGAGGCUGGCAUCCACCAGGAUCUCCACCACCUGUCCAGAGACGACCCUCACAACACAACCACGACGUUAGCUAUCGUAUGACAUGUAUAAAGUAGUCUGAUCUGUGGCGUUACGAACUUGUUCCCCCAGAUGAAAAAAGGGAGGCUAAAGGUCAUGGCAGACUUAUCAACUCGUGAAGGGAUCUACACCGUAUGGCCUUUUACAAGCUGUCGUCGUCUUUCGUGCGAUGUAACCGCGAAGCACAAUGUGGAGUUUCAUACAAAGAAUACUGACCGCCUCGAGUUGAUACGGUGACGACGAUCCCUUUCAAGUUGAUAAGUGUGCUACGUCCUUUAAGCGACUCAAAGUCAAGAAGACAUGUCUAAAUACCUAGUGUGUCCGAAUUUAUAAUAAUACUGGUAAAUAUUACUACUGUAUCAACUUUUAUAGUCCCUAUUAAUAGGGACUCGCUCGAGUGUCAUGUUUUGUGUUUAAAAAUAUAUCCUGCAGUUUCGGGACUUCAUAAAAUUUACAAAUGUGUUCAUAUUGAUUGUGUAUAUUGAAACAAACAACGAAAUGAACUUUUCAUUCCAAUUUAAGGCUAUAUUAAUUUUAGUGGAGGUACUAGCUUAAAUAUUAUUUUAGGAAAAAUCGUAUGGAUGUUUUUUACAAGUAGUGUUGGCGAAUGAGUAUUCCAUACAAGGUACUUAUUUAAUUAUCAUGACAUUAUUUGAUAGGUUUAAUUCUGUAAAUAUAACAUUAAGCUCGGGGCUAUUACGUAAUUAAUUGUGUAUAAGCAUUGAAUGUAAUUGUUUUCAAAUUUGACUGAUGUUCAUACUCAUAAACUAAGGUGUACCGUUUCGGGAAAAAAAAUCCUGGAAGGUUUCCCAUGGAGUUACAACUUUAGGGAACGCUAUGGUGAUAUUCCCGACUGCAAAUGUUAUUGGAAACGGAACAUCUAUCUAUACUAGUAAACAAGUGCUGGUUAUAAUACUCAUUAUAGCAAUUAAAUAAUACUCUUAUUAGAUAUAAUUAUAACCAAACCAUGACAUGUUACGUGUUCAAACAAGGGCUGAUUUUCCAUGAACCUUAUAUCAUACGUCAUUUUGACAUAAUUUCUAAGCAAGUUCUGAUACAAAAUUGCAAGGUAUUUUGGAAAAUCAAGAGCACUUACUUAAUAUUGCAAGCCUGGAUACCUAUACUUUUAAAAGUUCAUGUCGGCAAUAGGUAUUAAUUUUGUUAUUUUUUAACAUUAUGUACUUCGAUUAUAACAUUUUACACACUGCAAUGACAUGCCAAAGAGUUGACUCUUGUGUGUAAACUUGUAUAAUUAUGUAAAUAUCUAGAUGUAGUUAAUAUUUUUUGUAAAUACUCAUAAAAAUGAACAACGAAAAUCGACAACGCUCUAUUUUAUAGGCAUUUUAUGUAUUAUUUCCCUGGUAUUUUGGUAUACAAGUACCUAAUAAAUUUUGUAUAAGAAG